UACGCGGUGUGCGACAAAGUAUACGUUAGUUGCACAACAAAAUAGCAAAAGAGAAAAGAAGGAGGAGGAGGAAGAAAAUUCCUGGCAGCGCGGAGAAUUGGAGUAUCGGGCCAAGACGUAAUUUGGAGCUCAGGGUCAAAACGAGCGAAAUCUUACUUAUCGUCAGUGUCUAUCCUAGAAACCAAAACCAAACCUAAACAACGCUUUUGUUGUGAUGGCUCCUAGAGGUGCAAGCACUUGGCGAAGACCAUACACUUCCAUCUACAAUGACAAUUAUCGAUACGGUACUGGCUUGUACUCGGACACAUUGUCGGACAUUGAAAAACGAUACUCCGAGUCACUGUCCAAGACCCAGCUCCGCUCUGACAGGCCCGAUCUGGCAUUCACGACAUUUUCCGGUUCCAACUUGACCUCCUCUCCCGCUCCAGGCGGCGACAGCAGUGGUAACACAAGGGAAGCCCGAGGAUUCACCAGACAAACUUCUGUUCCAUCUUCUUUGAAAGACAUCAUCAGAGAUUCGACAUUCGAAAGUAAACUUAGCACCACUCUGAACUCCUCGUAUGCUUUGGAUGAAGAGGUGCAAGAUGUCAUCAACAGCAGAAUUGAGCAGCGGAAACAGAAAAUGCUGGCGCGCAGCGCAGAGGAAUCCAACAGGAACAAGUUGUCCAGGAAUACUGAGGAGACUACCAGGUCCAAGGAUCUGUGUCUGUAUGAUGAUGCGUCUUUCUGGACUCUUCCCAAACCUACGGCCCCCCUGAGCAACGAGGGCGAUCUGGAUACUACGAGAAGCAAACGAAAAAUAGGAGGCAGACUUUCACCGACUAAUGGUCCAACGUCUUCCCGCUGGAGAGAAAAGAGCCGUGAGCUCCAGGACCAGGUGGACGCUCUCGAACAGUCCAUGUCCGACUCCAGCAACAAGCUGAGGAGUGAACUCUCUUCAUUGAAAUCGAGGUAUCACACCGAAAUCGCUGACCUCAACAGAUCGGUAGAGCAAACGUCCGAGCAAGCAAGCGACCUGCAGAAGAUUUGCAAGAAGCAAGCAAGCCAACUUACGGAGCUGCAAUCUGCUUACGACAUCGCUCAAAGAAAUGUAGAAGAUGCUUUGCAAGAGAUGGACUUAUGGCAAAACAAAUGCAAAUCUUUGAAGAAAGAGAUGGAGAGAUUACGAGGGGAAGUAGAACAGGCUAUUCACAAGAGCAGUAGUGCAUCCAACCUGUGAAAAUGAUUCCUGAGCUUAUUUCCUCAGAUAUUCAAGAACUGAGUGCCAAAACCUAACUUCCUUGUAGAUGUGUUGUUCGACCGAUGUAGAAAGCAGGCAAAACUACGAAAGGCCACGAAAGCAAAAUUUUUUUUUUUUUUUUUUUUUAAGCUUCAAA